AUGGCAGAUAGAAAACGCUCAAAUAUUUCCGACAAUGAUGAAGAAUUGUUGCGAAGAAGUGCGCGACGACCGAAGCCGAUUAAAAAUGUCGAUUUGGAUUAUGAUUACGACUACGAUAUAAUUCAGUAUACUUCAACUGACGACUCACACUUUGCAAAUUCCCGUGGAAUGAAUAAAUCAGGACAUUAUGUAGUUCCAGAGCCGGUUGCAUUUGAAGAAGUCCUUACUGUGCAAGAGCUCAACGAAGUUGAUGCGUUCAUUUAUGGAGAUGAUAUGUUUGAAUACGCGGAUGUUCAUUGUCAAAGAGGCCGAGCAAAUUAUUUUAGAACUGCUACGGGAUCAAUGGGACCAUUCCUGAACACAAAUUUAUUUUCAAUUCCGAACAAAAACGGCACAGUUUUGCGAAAUCUCGUAAAGCUCCAAAAAGAAAACUUAGCUGAGAUGAAUUCAACGGAUAUUAUUAACGUACAUUGUAAAAAUCUAAAUUCUCGACUCGAACAUGUUGCCAACUCCUAUUCGGACGCGUGGAAAUAUCCGCCACCAGCUUUUGUCCCUUCACAAUCGUUCCUUGGAAGUAAUCCGGAUAAUUACAAAGAUUUUGAAUCGGAUGAAACAGCUGUAAACAAAGUGGUGAACAAUCUACUCAAAGUGGUAUCGUAUCUUCAUCCAUAAAUUGUUUUUAAUCUAAGGAUAACUUCUUUUUUAUCAACUUGUUACUAGCAAUCAUUCUCGAAAUAAAGUGUUUUUU